UUAAAGAUCAACAUUCUUAUAUAUCAUUUAUAUAUACAGAUUAAUAGAACAUUCGAUUAUUUAUAAUGAAUUCGCGUCGUCGUCCAAAUCAACGCUUGUUUGUCAAGCAUCAGCUGUUCCUACUGCUCCUCACGCUGCUCCUGCCCGCUGGUGAAGGUCGUCCUGCAACCCCAGAUGCUGCGGCACAGACAAUCUACUAUGAGAAUCAGCCGCCGAAUGCUUCCGGAAAAUAUAAAUUUGAGUUUCAGACCACCAAUGGAAUAACCACAAAGGCGGCGGGCAAUGAAAAUGGCGCUGUGGGCGUGGUACAGUAUGUCUCAAAGGAAGGACUUCCCGUGACCUUUACAUAUGUGGCUGAUGCCAACGGUUAUCAACCCACUGGGGAUUUUGCACCCACACAUUUAAGCCGACUUCUGGAUUAUAUACAAACGCAUCCGAAGGUGGAUGAGCUAAAAUCGCGACGUUGGUAACGAUAAUCUGUUCAUCUGACUUGAGAUAAUAUCUAAUUAAAAUAAGAACAAAAAAU